AGUUGGCGUCCAGGUUUGGUUGAAGUUUAUCGACGCAACCACAUUAGUAGAUCUGUUGAUACUGCAAGUUCUGCAACUGAACGUUGUCACUAGAUAGAUGACAAAGCGAACCACGGAUAGUGAUAAACAACUGAUAAUUACAAAUACGAAAGGAGGCGCAGGACACAGUAUAUUCGAGACGUCGGCCCAAAGCUUACCGAGUUGGUGAGUGACAAUAAUUGAUCGUAUUUUUUUCGACUCGACGAUUAUUUAGUUCUGAGCGGAUGAGAUUUCUCGACAACGAUGAUUCUCGAAUUCAUCCUCUUCCUCUCCCUCGUUCUCAUCCUUCGCCAUUGGCUCAGGAGACCUAAGGGAUUACCUCCAGGUCCUCGUGGGCUACCGAUUAUCGGUUCCGGCAUGGCCUAUUACUUGAACCACGUCCUCGACUUACGGAAAAAAUAUGGCGACAUCUUCAUGCUAAACUUCUUCGGGAUGAAGUUUCUCUACAUCUGUGACUACAAACUGAUAAAGGAAGUCUUGAGCAGGCAAGAGCUCUCGAACCGUCCGUCCAUCAAAGGAUUCCACUUCAUGACUGACGGGAGUGAAGCUGGAGUGAUCAUGAGCAACGGUCAAAGGUGGGUCAACGCCAGGCGGUUCCUCCUGCGGAACCUGAGAGAUUUGGGCAUGGGGAAAUCGAGACUGGACGAAGCCAUCAUCCACGAAGCCCAGUUUCUGAUCGAGGACUUGAAACGAUACGCUGGAAAGCCUUCCAAGUUUCCAGACUCUUUGAAUUUCGCCGUUCUCAACGUCAUCUGGCAAAUGAUUGCAAGUCGCAGGUACGACUUAUACGACAAGGAGGUCACCGAUUUCAUGAAGAUUACGAGAACUCUGCAAGAUGACUUCUUGGGCUUCAUCAUCAUCGAGUCUUUCCCGAUCUUGAAGAGAAUUCUCCCGAGAUUUGUUCUAGACAAAAUCUUUCGACUGGAAGUUCUGGAGCAGACUGUGGUUGCAGCGAAGAAGAUUUUUGGGGAAACAAUUGAAACCAGAAAGGCCCAGAUGGAUGUCAAUCACGCAGAGAAUAUUAUUGACGAGUACCUCAUUCAGAUGGACAACAAAACUGAGAUUGCAGAGUUCUUCAGUGAGGGCGACCUAAUGAGAGUCAGCCUCGACAUGUUCGCUGCCGGUUUCGACUCGACCUCCAACAUGCUCCUGUGGAUAAUACUCUACGCAGCCAAGUACCAGGAUGUCCAGAAGAGAAUUCAGGAGCAAAUUGACGAAGUGGUUCCACGUGGGGAGUUUCCUACCAAUCAACACAAGUCACAGCUAUCUUUGCUCGAAGCCUUCAUCCACGAGGUCCUUAGAAUGAGCUCCCUCGUGCCCUUCGGCGUCAUGCACACCCCUAGUGAAGAUACCCACAUAGCAGGAUACCUCGUGCCAAAGGGCACAUUCGUCUUCAGUAUGUUUGGUUACGUACAUAUGGAUCCACGGUACUGGGAGAGUCCUGAGGAGUUUAGGAUUGAGAGGUUCCUGGACGAAGAAGGAAAAUUCAUUUCGCAGAAGGAAGGAUUAGCUCCAUUUUCCAUAGGCAAAAGGAGUUGCUUGGGCGAAUCUCUGGCCAGGAUGGAAAUGAGCAUCUUCUCAGCGGCGCUGUUCCAGAACUUCACUUUCUCGCCGCCAGAGGGUGGAGAGAUCGACCUCGACCCGGAAAAUUUAGCCAUGAUUCACCCAGCGCCGAACCAGAACAUUCUCAUAUCCGUCAGGAACUGAUGUUGAUUGAAUGAUUUGAUUCCCCCCCGAAAAACGAGCGUCGCAAUUGCCACAGGUUAUCGACGUCGUUUGUGUGUGUGUGUGUGUGUGAGAGAGAGAAAAUGAUUGCGGUUGUUUGGAAUUUGAAAGUUUUUCAAAAUAUAUUCAUAAUUAAUCACUCUAUAUUUAUAAAAUAACAACGCUAAUUUAGUACAAAUAUUACUUCGGUCUUAUAUGUACAAUAUUUAAGUUUUUCAAUGAAUAUCCUGCUGUCAUUGUGUAAGCUCUUUUACCUUUUACAUUUUACGUAGCUUCAACUAGCGGAGUUGGAUCAGAGACUGUUAAAUUAAAAGAAAGAAACAAGGCAAUAAAAAAACCAAUCAUGGUGUAACAAAGUUCACAAAAGAAAUGCAUACGAUUUUUUCAGGAAAUAGAGCCUCUGAUUGAAUACAUCUCUCGAUAAUAAAAGGUACAGAAAAGACAUUUCUUGACUGUACUUCAGUCUGCGAGUAUUGUUUGAUGAUAGGUAUAAUUCCAGAGUUCAAAGCUGAAUGAGAAAAUUGGUUAAAAAUGUAGACACCCAGUUCUCAAGAUAGAACAGUAAUCAUUUGUACUACCAAGUCGUCAGCAAGAUUCAGCUACAUUCAAGUUGAAGUAGGCUUCUAAGGACGCAGCAUUUCAAAACAGCAAUUGUAUGUUGUAUAGAGCAAAUAAAACAAAUGCGUGAUCAAA